GUUCAGUCAGUUCGUCGUCGUUCGCGCUGCCUGAAUGUUGUUGUCUCCUGCGAUCGAGCGGGAAUCUUCGGGAUUUAGGAAUCGAGUCCAAUCGAAACGGAUCGGAUCGCGCUGAAUAAAACACGUUUCGGCACGGAACAAGAUACACUUUUGCGUAUUCCUGGAGCGCCUCGCAUACCAUCUGGUGUUUCGGUUUCUGGUUCGGCUCUCCCGUAGAAUCGCCAUGCCCUUGUGGCGCAUUUGAAUAGCUGUCGUUGUUUGUUUGUUUGCUGGCUGCCUCAACCAUAACAAAAAAAAAAAAAAAAAAGAAUUCAAGAGCACGAGUGCGGUGUAAAUAGACCUCUACGAAGUAGAAAAAGUAUCUAACGUGCUAGGCAGCGGGACUGCGGACCAUCUCUUCUGGCAGCGGCCAAAAAGAUAUAAUGCUAAUAAACCAAAAACACGUUUUAUGCCGUUUGUGUUUUGCUCUUCUCGGAAAAAAGCCUCAUCUUAAUCGAAAUCCAAAGAGCUGAACUGAGAGGAACCACCUACAUUUACAUGUACUUCCAAUGCAGAUGCCAAUCCUCAGUGUAUUCAAUUAAAUAGAAGCAAGCGAGGGCCACAAAUAAAGAUCACAAACCAAAUGCUGACGCCAUAUGCCAAUAAAAAAGCCAAGAACUAAACGGAUUCACAAAGGAAACCCCACAAACUAGAGCCAUGAACGAGCUGCAGGCCUCCAGUGUCCCGCUGGUGGACAAGUGCUCCUCCCACGCCGUCAUCCUGCCGGCGGCCAAGAGUCCCAACAAGGUCUCCGAUUCGGCGGCCACAACGGCACCCAAUGCGGUCCUCUACACGAGCGGGAAUAUGUCCCUAUCUACGCUCUCCACGGGCAGCAAUCCGCAUCCCAAUCCAAAUCCCCGACAGGAGCCAGUGCCGCUGCUCAGCCAACUUAAGCUGACCAACGACCUCAAGCAGAACAACCAUGGGUCCCAGAACAACCUUUGCAAUGGCGGCUUGGGCGGCAACAACCAUGCCUUGGCCCCCAAGGUGGCCAACAACAGCGGCGGUAGUCCCAAUGGCCAGAAGAAGGGCACCAUCGCCUUGUCCCAUCUGCCCCAGAGGCCGCCGGUGGACAUUGAGUUCUGUGAUAUAUCCUACUCGGUCGCCGACAGCCAUCGGCGUGGGUGCAAGACCAUACUCAAGAGCGUCUCGGGAAAGUACCGGAAUGGUGAGAUCACUGCCAUCAUGGGACCCUCUGGAGCCGGAAAGAGCACGCUGAUGAACAUCCUGGCGGGCUACAAGACUUCUCAACUAAGUGGAUCCGUGCUGAUCAACAGCAAGGAGCGGAAUCUCCGCCGCUUCCGCAAGCUCUCCUGCUACAUCAUGCAGGACGAUGUGCUGAUCGGCAACCUAACCGUUCGCGAGGCCAUGAUGGUGGCCGCCAACCUCAAGCUGGGCAAGAACAUGAUCAGCUACGCCAAGGUGGUGGUCGUGGAGGAGAUCCUCGAGACGAUAGGCCUCAAGGAGUCGGUGAACACGCUGACCUGCAAUCUGUCCGGCGGCCAAAGGAAGCGGCUGUCCAUUGCCCUGGAACUGGUCAACAAUCCACCCGUGAUGUUCUUCGACGAGCCCACCUCGGGACUGGACAGCUCCACCUGCUUCCAGCUCAUAUCGCUGCUGAGAUCGUUGGCCAGAGGAGGACGCACCAUCGUGUGUACGAUCCAUCAGCCGUCGGCGCGACUCUUCGAGAAGUUCGAUCACCUGUAUUUGCUGGCCCAGGGACAGUGUGUUUACGAGGGCAGAGUGAGGGGUCUGGUGCCGUACCUCUCUUCGCUGGGCUACGAGUGCCCCUCGUACCACAAUCCCGCUGACUAUGUGCUCGAGGUGGCCUCGGGGGAGUACGGCGAUGCUGUGCCCAAACUGGUGGAGGCGGUGAAGAGUGGGGCCUGCAAGAAGUACUCGCACAAGGAUUACGUACUCACGCUGGCCCAGAAGAUGGGCAACAACGACAUUAUCAAGGGCAGCGGCAGUGGGGCGGAGAACACGGCCGCCACCCUGACCCUGGAGGAUGAGAAGCCACCAUUGGAGGACAGAGGGCAGCUGGAACCCUCGAUCCUGGUUGGGGAUCCCGCGGAGGAGCUGAAACCACCGAAGACGCUCGAGACGCAGCAGUCCCAAAACUCCGACUGCAGCGUGGUCAAUAUGCCAACCACUGCCGUGGACGACAGCUGCAGCUUCAGCUCCUCGAAGGGCACCCACAAUGCGGUGGGUUCGGGCUCCGGGGGACCCAGUGCCGUGGUGGGCUGCAUGACCUCGCUGCUGGACUCCCACGAGAGUGUGGUGACCCUGCCCAGCAAGACGGGAUUCCCCACCUCCGGCUGGACACAGUUCUGGAUCCUGCUCAAGCGCUCAUUCCGCACCAUCCUGCGCGACAAGAUGCUCACCCACAUGCGACUAUUCUCCCAUGUCAUCGUGGGGGCCAUCAUCGGAAUGAUCUACUACGAUGUGGGCAACGAGGCCAGCAAGAUCAUGAGCAACGCAGGGUGCAUCUUCUUCGUAUCCCUGUUCACCACCUUCACGGCCAUGAUGCCGACCAUCCUGACCUUUCCCACCGAAAUGUCGGUGUUCGUGAGGGAGCAUCUCAACUACUGGUACUCCCUGAAGGCUUUCUACUUUGCCAAGACCUUAGCGGACAUGCCGUUCCAGAUCGUCUUCUCAAGCGUCUACGUUCUGGUGGUGUACUACCUAACUUCACAGCCAAUGGAAUUGGAGCGGGUUUCGAUGUUUGUGCUAAUCUGCGUGCUCAACUCUCUGGUGGCCCAAUCGCUGGGGCUGCUGAUCGGGGCGGGGAUGAACAUCGAGACGGGGGUGUUCCUCGGCCCCGUGACGACCAUACCCACGAUAUUGUUCUCCGGCUUCUUUGUGAACUUUGACACCAUUCCGGGCUACCUGCAGUGGGUCACGUACGUCAGCUAUGUGCGCUAUGGUUUCGAAGGUGCCAUGGUGGCCAUCUACGGAAUGGAUCGGCCCAAGAUGCACUGCAACCAGAUGUACUGUCACUACCGCAUGCCCAAGAAGUUCCUCGAGGAGAUGUCGAUGGAUAAUGCUCUGUUCUGGGUGGACGCCGUUGCCCUCAUCGGAAUCUUCUUCGCCCUGCGCAUCAUCGCCUAUUUCGUUCUGCGAUGGAAACUGCACAUGAUCCGCUAAGCGGACACUUCGUGGGAUUUGUUCAUAGUCUAGGGUUAUCAUUAUUACCAUACGUUAGAGAUCACCUGUACAUAGAAAAGGUUGGGGGCUUGUAGGCAAGUAGGGAGAGUGGGAUCCCAGGAUUGCAGCUAGAUGUAGCUUUACCGCAUUCUCCAACUUCUCCCGUCGGGCUUUUUACGUUUAUACAGACAUACUCACAGACAGAAAGUAAAAGGCAAGCAUUGCAUCGGUAUCUAGAAGACGAUUCUAAAUAUAUACCCAUGGAUAUAUAUACACACCACCCAAACAGUAGCUGUUCUGCAUACCAAACAUAUGGAAUUUACUUAGAUCUAUAUAUAACUAGGCGUACCCACGUAGAGCCCCACUUCGACACUCACUUAAAUUGAGGUAUAAUUCUUGUGACCAAGCAGAAAAGAGUCUGAACUUAAGUAGGUUGAAACAUAACAAAUUGUAAACAAGAUCAAGAUCCUUUGGAGCGGUAGCCGAAUCGAAGCGGGAUUCAGGACACGACUUUCUCCCAACGUUCUUCACUCCGUCCCUAAGUUGUGCUCUCAAAUAUUCUCUUUCUGCGAGGGAAGAAGUCACCUUUCUCUACUCUCUACUUUUUUGGCAAUCAGUUUUGAACCCAGAAAGGAUCCAGCGUGCAACGAACGGAAGUUAGGCGAGUGUGGAAAGCGGAAGCGGAAAUAGAAAUAGAAACCAUUCCCUUGUGAUAGAAAGCGGUGCAGUCCGGGUUGGGGAAUCCAUUUCCCGGACAGGGGAGGUAGAAAAUCAAGAGGAGAAGGGAACCUGGCCAACUGGUGAUAUAAAGCAAUUACUAUUAUUACGGUGGGAUGCAAUCGGAUUUGUGUUAGCUACGCGUAUUUGUGAUUAUUACAUUUUAAUUUAGUACAUGUUUAGUUUAAUUUUAUACGUCUACAUUUAUCAUGCCAAAAUAAAUGCAAUUUUCAUUUAAA